CAGUACACCAGAUAUCAGAGCUUACAAAUCAAACGAACCCAGUGUGUUUGUCAGUGCUGGUGCGGCAUGUGAAAUUGAACGCACACAACAUCGAGUUUCUCUGCGGCUGGAGCUGAACUGUGGUCAUUUAAUCCACUGUAUUCAUCCUCUCAAAAGGCAGACUGUGCUGUAGUAGUUUAUCUAAAGAGCAAACAUGGUAUUCCUGACGUUGCCUUGUUGGAUCAGAAGCCGUGGACCUGACAGAUACUGGAAAGUUCAAGAUCUCCUCAAGCAUGCACGGCACUUCAGAGGCAGAAAGAACCGCUGCUACAGUCUGGCUGUGCGGGCUGUCACAAGGGCUUUCGUCUACGCCACUAAAGCUCGGAGGUUAAAGAAACGUAACAUGCGGACGCUGUGGAUUACGCGCAUUGCAGCAGCAUCACGAGAGCACGGCUUGAAGUAUCCCGCUCUUAUACACAAUCUCACCAAGAGCAGCGUUCAGCUCAACCGACGUGUCAUCAGUGACCUGGCCGUCACUGAACCUCGGUCAUUCCUCUCACUCACAAAACUGGCACAGGCUCGACAACAGGAAGGACUCCGAGCGGCGUUGGGUGACGGCAAAGAGCCUGCUGGUGUCUUCUCCCGUGUUGUUUUGCUACAGUGAAAGACUCGACUCAUUUGCAGAUCUUCAGUUGUUAUGUGGUUUAAACAACAGUGCUCCUGGAUUGUGGAGAUGUUCAGUCAGUCAGGCACACACACAAACCUCCUUGCUUUUGUUGCUUGGUUUAAGUAUUUUUCACAUAAUCAUAUAAGUUGAAUUUAGUCAGAUCAUUUUGUUAAUUCGGUUUGUAAUAUUUAUUGAUCGCUAUACCAGAGUUUCCUGAAACUUGUUGACCCACAAAAUGACCAAUUUUGACAUCAGAGUGUUGUCCUCAUAUGUAAUAUUGGUCAUUUGGUGAAAAGCUGUCAGCUCCUGGUGAUGGUUAAGUGGACAGAACUGUCUUUUACCUGCACCGUGUAUAAACAAAUGGGCUGGGAGUCUUGCAUGGGUAAGCUAUACGCUGGUCUUUGAUGUAAAAAAGGAAUUUUCCUUUUGGGGAGAUUUUAAGCAGUGAAGCAUCUCUGAAGUAGAAAUGGGAUGUAAGGUCUUGCUCAGGGACACUAAAGCAGGGCAGAGGAUUUCUGUUGCAGUUUGUUGAUCCCUAACCUUUAAGGACAAUUUCUCUACUCUGCUGCAGUUGUGUUGUGCAGAGUGCAUUUAUGAAAAGAGAACCAAUAAAUCCACAUGAAAUUUCCUUUUUGGGGCCUCUUGCUGACAAUAAGGCAACUCUUAAAUAUGAUUGUAAAUUGCUUUCAACAAGCCCAUUUCAAGUAAAGAACAUUUGAAGAAUAAUUUUGCACUCAUAAGUCAUCACAAGGCCAUAGUCAUAAUCCAAGAAGGCACUUGACAUUAAACAGCAUAUCAACUGAUAGUCCACAGACCUACUGCUCCCUUCACUGACUCAAUCCAACAUCUGUUUCGUGUGCCAGAGAUUUCCACCUGCAGUUUUAUCUGCAAAUUCCUCAGCCACAGCCCUCCUGAUUACCUCCGAUAUCACGAAAGGGGAUGUGAUUAUUGCUUUCCAUGAACCUCUGUGUAUAUCACAUGCAACCUUAUGUUAUGAUUUGGUGUUGUUGGACUGAGUUUUUUCGGAGGUUGGAAAGAAAAGUGAAUCCAAGCUUUAUGAUGUAAUGACUUGUCUAUGUGUAAAUACAUAUUUUACCAUUUGUUAUUGUGAGGUUGUCUUUUGAAUCUUUGGUUCAUUAAACAUUUUGAAAUAUA